AUGGUCGACGGGAUGGCUGCUACGGGAACAAUGUCGUGGGCGUGCACGAGGAAGGACCAGCGGCGGCGUCACCACGAGCAUGCGGCGACGGUGGUCCGUGACUUCGGUCGCGCGUGGAGAGGAGGUGGCGUCUUCUUCUCCGGUGUUGACUCACGGCUGCAGGCGGUCGGCGCAAAGGGGAGGAAGACUAGAGGUGGGGUAGAGAAGUGUCGCGCGGCGUUUUCUACUCGUUGUGCAAAAAGUGGCAGUGAGCGACGCCUCGCCAUCGACGAGACCAACCUCUUCGAAACCCUAGGCGGAAUCCAGCCCUUCAUCGAUCUCUCAACCAAUUUCUACAACAGGGUUUUCGCUGAUGAGGAAGAGUGGUUCUGAUCUAUCUUUUCGAAUUCGAAGAAGGAGGACGCGAUUUGGAACCAGUACGAGUUCUUCGUUCAGAGGAUGGGAGGCCCUAAUCUGUAUUCCCAGAGGAAAGGUCAUCCAGCUCUGAUCGGACGACAUGCACCAUUCCCUGUUACACACCAAGCUGCUGAGAGGUGGUUGCACCACAUGCAACAAGCACUCGAUAGCACCAUGAGCAUCGAUCCUAAUUCAAAAGUCAAAAUGAUGAAUUUUUUCAGGCUGGCUUUCAGGCACACUGCUUACUUUCUCGUGGGUGGGAAUGAGAUGACAAGGCAAAGGCAACAAGUUCUCAAUGUAAGCAUGCAGCAAAUGGACCAUCAACAUCUACUUGAGAUUCAACUUGCUCUUUAA